AUGCACGGACUCCAGCCAAACGGCACGCACAAACGCCUGCCACCAGCCUGCACGCCCACCACGCUGCCUGCACGGCCGCCACGCGGUCUGCAUGCCGGCCCGCGGUCUGCAUGCCAGCCACGCGGCCUGCACGGCCGCCCGCCACGCGACACACGCGCCCGCCCUCCCGCCAAACGGCCUGCACGCCUGCCACGUGGUCUGCAUGCCAGUCACACGGCCUGCACGCCCGCCACCGGCCUACACGCCCGUCACGCAGCCUGCACGCCCGCCAUGCGGCCUGCAUGCCAGCCACGCGGCGUGCACAUCCGCCACGCGGUCUCCAUGCCAGCCCGUGCACGCCCGCCACGCGGCCUGCACGCCCGCCACGCGGCCUGCACGCCCGCCACGCGGCCUGCACGCCCGCCACGCGGCCUGCACGCCCGCCACGCGGCCUGCACGCCCGCCACGCGGCCUGCACGCCCGCCACGCGGCCUGCACGCCCGCCACGCGGCCUGCACGCCCGCCACGCGGCCUGCACGCCCGCCACGCGGCCUGCACGCCCGCCACGCGGCCUGCACGCCCGUCACGCGGCCUGCACGCCCGCCACGCGGCCUGCACGCCCGCCACGCGGCCUGCACGCCCGCCUCGCGGCCUGCACGCCCGCCACGCGGCCUGCACGCCCGCCACGCGGCCUGCACGCCCGCCACGCGGCCUGCACGCCCGCCACCGGCCUACACGCCCGCCACGCGGCCUGCACGCCCGCCACCGGCCUACACGCCCGCCACGCGGCCUGCACGUCGGGCAUGCGUGCCGGAGAGACCGUGCCAGCCUCAAAGGGACACCACCCUGCACGAAGGCGGUAUGGAUAGCCGCCUACGUGUCAACAAAAGAUGA